CCUAGUCGUGCGGCUCGAACACAUAACUCGCGAGUGCAUUAUCUAAUCUCUGAUGAAAUGCCCGUUUCUGAGUAACUGUAUAUCUGUGUACCUAUAGUGCUUGCUUGUGCAGUUAGAUAUUGAUACGAUGGCAGGCCGUAACAUAUGUUAACCGAAAACCAAAGUUCAUUGACAAGUGCUCGUUGAAAACGCAAGCAAACUGCCUGAGAUACAUUUGUAUCUAUAAGAUACUUGCGUAAGCUACAUCGAUCUAUAAGCAUAAUAAGCCUUAAGCAGAGUCCACGCCUGUUGCAAGUGCCAAGUGUUCAAAUGAAAACAAAAACAAAGAUAAACAAAUAAAUAGUGCAUGAAAACAGAGCGAGGAAGAGAGAAGUGAAGAAGUUUUUAGUGAGGGAUAAAACUGUGAUAAACAAAACGCGCAGCGAAGCAAUUAAAUGCGAGAUAAUAUACAAUUUUAAUAAAAGUAAAACCCACGGCAAAUUAAAAGGGGAGCAUUGCUAAAUGCAGCAGCAGCAACAGUUACAGCAGCACUAAAAGUAAUUAGCGACAGCAACAACUGCGGAUUGAGAUCGAGAGAAAGCGAGAGAGAGAGAGAGAACAAUAAUAAUAAAAAGGUGAAAUAAAACAAAUGAUGUUGCAAUCUUUGAAACAACGCACGGACAAACUAAGCGGCAUUCCAGCAACAACAUCAACGACAGCAACAAGCAGCACAGUGGCAACUGCUGUGGCAGCAACAACAGCAAAAGCAAAUACAGACACAACAAUAACAGCAACAACAAUGCUAACAACAGCACCUGUUGCACUUGUCGCUAAUGGUAUGGCCAAUGGCAGCAGUCUCUAUAACGGCGGCAGCAACACAAACAAUUUAAAUAGCAAUAACAAUAACAACUUGCAACAGCAACAGCAGCAGCUACAGCAGCAACCAGUAAAGUAUUUAGAAAAUCUAACGCCUGCAACGGGCGCCAUUGCAACGGCAACAACUUUUACAGGUGCUGCGAAAAGUUUUCAUCCAUAUUUGCGGCCCAGCAGCAACAUACCAACAGCAGCAACAACGGCGGCAGCAGCAACGACAAUGACCAAAACUGCUGGCGGCGUUGGCGUCGGCAUGUCGACAACAUUGUUCGAAACACUUUUGCACAACCAAAUAAAUUCCAAUGUAAAUGCAAGCGCUGCCGCUGCCGUCGUUGCCGUCAUGCCAGCCGCAGCGGCAGCAGCGGCAACAGCAACUGCAGAGCAGUAG